GUAUGAGCUGCAUUACGGUUUGUAAGAAAUGAGAGAAGCGCAGUGGUGUUUUUAUGUCAAUGUUUCUCCGCCUGACCGCAACUUUGCGCUAUUUCAAAACUAGGUCAGUAGAUCAGUAGAGCAAGCUCGCCCUCUAAUGUUACGCCAUUUAUGUAACCUAACACUGCACGACAUUGUUUGUCAUAUUGCCAGCGAAAUGUGCAGAAUAUGACUGACGUAACACAUCGGGUUGUCACAAAGGACAUCGUUAAUAACAUCUUGUAUGUGUGGUGUUUGCUAACGUUAACAUAAACGAGCCAAGCCGAAUGUUAGCUUAGCAACGGUAGCUAGGCCUGUUUACCGGCAACUGCGUCAAUUUAUCCGGUUUUACUGCCCAUUACAGUCGAGACAUUUUUGUUUACACUUUGAUAGCCUUUGCUUUCCGACCGAACUAUUGUCACUGUGUGUCAAACUAGCAUUAAUGUGUGUUGCUGUUCAGGCCUAACCGUCUAAUGUUAGCCAGGUCCAAGCAAGCGUUUCUGAAGCAGAUCUGCUGGUUGAGGACAAACAGAGUGGUUCUGUGUGCUUGCCCAGCCCGAUGACCCCGGCCUCAGCUGCUGGCAUGUCCGUAACCAUGGAGAUGCCCCGGAAGCGUAAGGGCAGCGUGGACAACCAGGAUACAAAAUCUGCCUCCAUGGAUAUGGACAUUGAAGAUAUGGACGAGAGCCACAAUGGGUCAGAUGGUGAGGACCAACAUGUCAAAAUGAAAUGCUUCAGGGAACCACACAGCCAAAUUGAGAAGAGGAGAAGGGACAAAAUGAACAAUCUCAUUGACAAACUAUCAGCCAUGAUCCCUACGUGUAACCCCAUGUCCCGUAAGAUGGACAAACUCACUGUGCUCAGAAUGGCCGUGCAGCACCUUAAAUCUCUCAAAGGUUCAUCAAGUUCUUUUUCUGAAGCCAACUACAAACCCUCAUUCCUUCCCAACGAUGAACUCAAACACCUUAUCCUAAAGGCUGCAGACGGGUUCCUGUUUGUGGUGGGCUGUGAUCGUGGGAAAAUAGUGUUCGUCUCAGAGUCCGUCACGAAGAUAUUAAAUUAUAGUCGGGCGGAGCUGAUUGGACAGAGCCUGUUUGAUUACAUUCACCCAAAGGACAUGGGGAAAGUGAAGGAGCAGCUGUCAGCCUCUGAAUUAUUCCCUCGUGAACGGCUAAUAGAUGCUAAAACCGGUCUGCCGGUCCAGGCUGACCUCCCUGUGGGUGCGGCGCGGCUGUGUACGGGCGCACGCCGCUCCUUCUUCUGUCGCAUGAAGAUAAACAAGAUUUGUGUCAAAGUAGAGGAGAAGGAAUUCCAGGCCAGCACCUCCAAAAAGAAAGAGUCCCAGAAGUACUGCACGGUCCACUGUACAGGCUACAUGCGCAGCUGGCCCACCACUCAGUUGGGAGCAGAGGGGGAGGGCGAGGGCGAGGGCGAGGCAGACAAGCAAGACAGCUCCCACUUCAGCUGCUUGGUGGCGGUGGGACGUGUCCACUCCCACUCCUCUCCCCAGGUUAAUGGAGAAGUCAGAAUUAAACCCACAGAGUUCAUCACACGCUACGCCAUGGAUGGCAAAUUCACCUUUGUCGAUCAAAGAGCGACCACCAUUCUUGGUUAUCUUCCCCAAGAACUGCUCGGGACAUCAUGCUACGAGUACUUCCACCAAGACGACUUACCGCAUUUAGCUGACAGACACCGAAAAGUGCUACGCAGUAAAGAAAAAAUAGAGACAAACUGCUAUAAGUUCAAAACAAAAAGUGGCUCUUUUGUCACUCUGCAAAGUCAGUGGUUUAGUUUUGUAAAUCCCUGGACCAAAGAAGUGGAAUACUUAGUGUCAACAAACACAGUUAUAUCGUGUGAUAACAGUCGAACCUGUCGGUCAGGAAACAAGGCUGAACAGUCAAGCACUUCCAAGUCUUCUGAAGAUGGCAAGAAGUCCCUUCCAGUUAUACCAGGCAUCUCCACCACACCUGGAGCUAUGAUUUAUGCUGGAAGCAUCGGGACCCAGAUCGCCAACGAGCUGCUGGAUUCCAACAGGUUUAGGAUGAACUCUUCACCUUCCAGCGGCAGCGGCAGCCCUUUCAGUCUAUCCCAAGAUAAAUGUCCCCACAAUCAAAUCAGCAACAAUGUGCCAUACGGAGAGGCGACAGACAUGGAGAUUGCAGGAAAGUCCAGCUCAGAGGAGGAUGCUCAAGGAGCUACAUUCUCAGGAGCAGAGUCUCUCAUGGGGGAGAAUCCCCAGAUGGAUUUGGACAGCGUGGUUGGACCGGGCCUUGGCAGUGACGAAGCAGCCAUGGCGGUCAUCAUGAGCCUCCUGGAGACGGACACCAACCUGGGCGAGGCCGUGGACUUUGAAGAGAUGCACUGGUCCUUAUAGAACCUGCUCUGUGUGACACCGCAGCACACUGAAAAACACUUGAAUGCUCCCUCUUAAGACUUGGCAUUCCUUUUUUUAUUUAUUAGUUGAGUUAUGUUUUGCCACAUAAGCUGUGUAGUCUUUGUGUGGCUGCUGUAACAGGGAGCGGGAUCGACCUGUUGACCCUCGUCAGGAGGAGGAUGUGCCUCUAAAGCCUUACAGCGGCCUGCCCUCGCACGCUGUCCCUCACAUCUACUGUCAUCCUCUCACAAGGCUGAAUAACCCAUGAACACCAUUAAAAAUGAUUUGGGAUUUUGUCCUCCACCUACAUUUAAACAAAGGUUGGGCCUGACGAUGCAAACAAAAACAAGAUUGCACUGAUUUUUUAAGAUUUUUUUUUUGUAGAGAUUGUCAUUUGAUUGGGUUCUGUAUGUUAAUGAAAAUACUAGAAAGACAACCUGUCCUGUCUCGUUGACCCCUCAGGAUGCUAGCCGUAGGUAGCCAGUGUACCGCGGCAAACCACACUUCCAUAACCUCGAGCUUUGAGAGUCACCUAACGGUGGGCCACUCAGAGAUUUUCUCUUGUCAGUAUCUGAACACUCUCCACGGAAACAGUCCAGCAGCCUGGAUUUGGUAUGAGAUUUGCAAACAUCAUGUCUUCAAGCCAUAUCUUAAAAGGGACAGUUUGCAUAUGAAGAAUAUUUUUAUUUUGUUGGUAUGUAAGCAUCUAAUAUAGUCCUGGAUUGUAUUUCCUGAACUCUAAACAUUUAACAUUUAUUGCCAUCAAUUAUCAACCUCUCAUUUGUUGGAGAGCAGCAACUUUUGGUGGUUGACAAAUCAUGAACUGAUUUUUGAGCACUACAGAAUCACUUCAUGCUAAGUGAAAAGCCACACAAAGGAGUUACUGUUGGCAACGGUGAGCAGCAAAGCCAUUGGAAAUCUGUGACUUUUAAUCAAUACAUGUUGGUUGAUUACAAAUUAUAUUAUAAAAAAGAUAUGAUAUUUGAGUCUGAUGGUAGAAGUUGAACCUCAGGAUGUAAUGGAAACAGCUGCCACAUUUAAACACCAAUGUUUGAAAUCCUUUCCGACAUACUCUUCUAGUCAUUAGUCUGUAGUGGUUCACCUGCGUCUGUGUUCUGACUCUGAUCAUCAGCAUUAUAAUCUUUCAGGUAAGCCAUAGCUCUAGCUGGUUUUCUCCUCUACUUUUACUGUAUGUGCUUGUUAGAGGCACUCAACUAUACUUCGAAUAUAAGAUAUGUGAUAACAUUGAAUAACUAUAUUACUUGAGUUAAAUAAACAGAUAUUAAAGUCUGUUCUGCCUUUCUGCUGCUUUCAGUACAUUGCUAAAAUACAACAGAUUGCAUGUUGAAAUGGAAAAGAUGACAGGAAAUUAUUCUUUUAUUGAACAAAUUGAACUGAACACCAAAAGAAUAUUUACUAUUUAAAGUCACGUUUUCUACUUAUACUCGUUCGACUAACUAAAGAAAUCCCUGAGUGCAAUAUCAACCGUCUUUCACGAUGGUUUUAAGUUGACAUUGCGGUGACGUAAAAAAAGAAAAGAAUAUAUUGUGCUGCCCUAGCAAAUGAUUAUUAAGGGAUUAUUCUAUGCAGAGCUAUUGUUCCAUUCGUUUUAAGCUAUGUUACUUGUUUUUUUUUCUGUGUGAUUUUUACUCCCAACUCUUGCAUGUCUCCAAAAGCCGUGUAAUAUUAUAGUUGGUGAGAACGUGAACGAGUUGUUUGGAUCCCUUUUGCAAUUUUACCUCAUGUAGAAUUUUGUUUUUUGGAUUUUCCAAAAAACAAAUUUUUACAGCCAUCGUGAUGAUUUCUGUGUUGGUGUCCCAUAGAUUAGAUUGCCUAAUGGUUUCAUAAGGUAAAGAACAUGAUAUGUAACUUUGCCAAAUGUUUUGUCUCACAGUGGUAUAUUUUUUAAACAAUGUAAGCUAAAGAAAACUAUUGCAUUGGCUCGUUUAAAAAAAAAUGUAAGCCCUUGUGUUGUUUUGCUGACUGUUAUGAAAAGAACUUGAACAUACACAAAUCCAGUGAUAUUUUCUGUUGGCACAUUGAUUCCCUCACUCUUAUUUGAUACCCUUUUGAUUGUAUGUUACAUUUAUCAAAAACCUUUUUACCUGAAUAAUUAUGAGUGUUGUACAUUGAUGGAGUCUAAUAGGCUGUGAAAUGAAAAAAGCUAAAUCAGUAUACAUACAUUUAAGUAUUUUUCAUUAGUGUUUAGACUGUAUAUCUGUAAGAGCUGCAACUAAUGAUUAUUUUUAUAAUCGACAUUAAAACUUUUUUUUUGUACAUUA